AUCUGGGAAGGUUUUGGAAAACUGUAGACGUGAACCCUGUGAGCAAGAUGUUCUGUCAGGAUGUCAUUUGGAAGCAUGUUUUUAAAAGAGAUCGAAGACUAAAAUAUAUGGUUCUACUUGGUAUUGCCACCAUAGUGGUGUACGGAUUCCACGUGUCAAGUCAUCUACCAACAGUCGUAGAACCUUCGAAGUCUGGCAUCAAAGAUGGCGUCGAGGAGAAUCAGCAGACACAUAUAGGAACGCCGAGCCAAAAUCUGAAUAAAAAGCCGUCUAACAGUAUAUCCGAAAACCGAAACAAACAUUUCAUUAUAUGUAUGGAAUCUGGUCGCCUUGGAAACGCGAUGUUUACUUAUGCAUCUAUUUAUGGUAUUGCGUCGGGAAAGAAUAUGAGUGUUGUCAUUGAUGAAAGCAACCCGCUGGUGAAACAUUUCAAAUUGGACGCGAAAAGUAUGAAGAUUCAGUCGCUAAGCGGUUAUUUAAAACUGGUCGAAAAAAGUUCGUGUGACUUCGACCAAACAUUGACUAAGUUCGACCCAAUCAGAAAUGUCAUGAUAGAACGGUAUUUGCAAUCAUGGCUAUACUUCUCUCACGUCCAGAACAAAAUCCGGAGUCAAUUUGAUUUCACAGAUUCUACAAAAGCAUCGGCUGAUGGUAUUCUUAAUAAGAUUCGUGAGGAAAGGUCAUUGUCAGCCAACGCGAGUGCCACCUUAGUCGGCAUCCACUACAGAAGGGGGGACUUUGUGGAGAAACAUUUCAAGGAUUUUGGUUAUCAGCUUGCCCCAGUGGAAUAUAUUCAACGUGCAAUGGAGUACUUCCGCUUGAGGUACAGUCACGUGACUUUCGUCCUUGCCACUACUUCCGCUGUAUUCAUAAAGGAUCUUCUGAAGGAUGGUGAUGUCAUACAUGUGACUGGAGGUACAGCGAUAGCAGAUAUGGCUAUUAUGGCGAGAUGUGACCAUUUGAUUCAAACUGUCGGGACGUAUGGAUGGUGGUCAGGAUUUCUAAACAGGGGUACUGUUGUGUAUUAUAAAUACCCAGCAAGAGAAGGAUCUGAAUUACGAAAAUUGUUUAGUAGUGACUAUUCAAGUUUUUUUUACCCCAAAUGGAUUGGAAUGGAAUGAACGGGGAGCUAUUUUCAUCUGGUGCUUCAUCUUGAGGGAUUCUGUCUGAUUCAUAAACAUUUUUAGAGGGCAUGAGAAAUUUUAAGUCUGAGAAAAAUUCUCAGAAUAUUUUGGAUAGGGCCCCAGACUCGGUGACUUGGUUGAUUGUGUGGCAUACCAUCCCGACGGUGUGAGGCGUUGCUCAUAGCACAAACCAUCGGAUGGGUGCGGCGUAAAACUAACAUGAGGCCUUUGCUGGGUAUUAAGAAGUUGAUGGUUCGUACAGGCAUCGAUGUAUGGUUGGUUGGUUGUUUGGUUGUUUAACGCCGCACUCAGCAAUAUUCCAGCUAUAUGACGGCGGUCUGUAAAUAAUGGAGUCUGGACCAGACAAUCCAGUGAUUAUUAUCAUGAGCAUCAGUC